GACUCUCCCGUUGCUGUAACGUUCUAGCAUGAAUGCACAUGUUGCUGUGUGGUCAUCGAACCCAGUAAACAAAGAGCUGAACACAGCAAUUCAACAGCUCAGCAUUGAGUGGGGGGACAGAACACUCCACAAAACAGUUGAGAGGUGGAGAGGAGGGGAGGGAGAAGCGGAGGGGGUGGGACGCUCCCCUGCCACAGUUACAGUGAUUUGCACUGAAUACAACUGGGUUACCCUUGACCGUCGUCAUGGGCAUCCGUCCGCUCACCAGGUCGCGGUACAGCCUACGGCCACAGAUACACAGUACAGCCUACCGGCUGCAUACUUGAACACUUGCAAUACCGUAGCUGCCGCCAAGGCUCAGCAGGAGGCAGCAGAGGCAGAACGUCAGCGGCUGGCCAAGGAUGCGGCAGCCCAAGCUCAGCAGACUGCUGAGGCUGACGCAGCGGCACGAAACAAACGGAAUGCCGCCAGCACGGAGUCCCUGAUUGCUAGUGAGCAUCAAUGGACAACGUUACUCCAAGACAUGAUUUUUGUGCCUACGGAAACGCAGGCGGAACCGACACAGGCGGAGGCAGAGAAAAGUAAUCUGGCUACCGUGAUGUUGAACGUAAUGAGGGGAGUAAUGUGGAACAAUAAACUACUGCAGGCACACCUGCACGCAGAUCAUCAGCAAAGAGAGCAGUACCAGCAAGACCAUGCCGCUGUAACGGCCGACGUCCACGACGCAGCAGUGCAGCAGCAGCAACAACAACAGCUAAUGAACUCUACCAUCGCACGCAUCAACGACAUUGAGGCCAAGGCCUCAACAGCGCCAGGUUGCACGACGGACGCGACGAAGCAAAUCAAUGAACGCAUCGAUCACGUCGUCACCAUCAUCGGCGACAUAGGUGUUUUCAACGGGCCGGACACGAUCAGCAGCACGGUGGCCGCCCUCAAGACGGACAUCACCAAGCUACAGACAAGACCGGACGCCGCUACAAAGACAUUCAAGAUGCCGCACUUCGACAUCUGCAAGUUCGACGACUACAACAAGUCGGACGCUUUGACAUGGUGGCAACGUUUCCUCACGGAAGCGUCAUGCCGCACUGUCCCGGCGAACGACAUGGUGAAGGCACUCUAUUUGCAACUGAUUGGAGGAGCGCAGGCAUGGAUGAACCACCUGGCGGCCACCCACAAGUGCACCAUCACCGAACUCCACACGCACAUCACGUGGAAGGAGUUCGAGCAGCUAUGGUUCACCCGGCUCAUGGUCCGCAACGUCGUGAAGGCGGCCAUGAAUGAGGUGUACACAUGCUCUCAGCGGAACAUGCCAAGUCGAGACUGGACAACGAAGUGGCAAAAGAUAGUAACCACGCCAGGAUUCGAUUUGAGUUUCUCAAAUCAACGAUCCGAGUUCUUCUCGCGAUCGUGCGCGGGAUUGCGGUCGGCACUCGGUAACGAGUACGACUAUACCACAUUCCAGGCGAUUCUGGAUCGAGCGAACUUGGUCAUCCAAACGGACGACAAGGCCGCUAACGAGAGACAAUCCCAGCCGCACUAUGUGGCUAAGCAGGCCUAUCAACGUCCGGCACAUAACAAUGCCGUGAUUUCUGAGGAAACCGACGACCACCACGCUGCAGCAGCAUCCUCGAGUGAUGGAGGAAUUGUUGCAGCGCUCCCGCCGAAGCGUCCCAAGAGAGUUCGAAAGAACAAGGACACAAGAGACGACAGCGACGGGAGCUGGGCAGCCAUGGACGGCAUAUAAGAUCACCAAGGAGGUCUAUGACCUACGUCAGAAGUACGGAUACUGCCUUUGGUGCAACGGAGUCACCCAUGUGACCGC